UCUAGAAAUAAACACAUUCAGAUCCUCUUCCACAACUUUAUUUUGUUAACUAUAAACUGCAACAGCCAUUUUAAGGCUAAUACUUGCUGGCACCGUAUUUUUAACUGCUUUGUAAUUUUUAGCAUUACUUUUUCACACUGAGGCAUCAGACAACUGCUAAAUUUCAUUUAUUCAUGGACCAGCAAUAGUGUUUGGGACUGCCCUGUACACACAGACACUCACACGCACUAAAUUCACUACUAUUUUCAUGCACAAUUUUAUGAAACAAUGAUAGCCUUGCAACUCCAAUUUUUAUUGGUUCCAUUCCUCACAAGCAGCAUGGGAGCAGCGCAGUAUCUGAUGCAAGACGCAGCACUGAUGAACUACCUAGACCGGCGUUUCCUAUCUUUGGAGAAGAGGCUGGAAAAAUGUAACCAAGACAUACUAGAAUACGUGGAAGAAUUCCGAGACUUUUCAAAGAUGGCAUUGUCACGCCUGGCAGUACUCAACAGUCACAAGGCUGAGGUUAAGAGUGAAGUAGAGAAUUUGCUAACAAGAAUUGAACGAGCACAAAGGGACAUAGACUACUUUGGAUCCAUCAGAGAUUCCAAUACAUGUGUAGGAGUACAUGAAGACCUGGUGAAACAGCAGCUAUCUGAAGCGGCAGAAGAAAAAAAGAAACUUAAACUCAUGCUUAAUGCAAGUUGUGACCAAACACUUGCAGGUAUUAAGUCGCUAAAGAUAGUUAAGAAGACUGGAGAUAAGCAUGGCUCUUGGAUGAAAGAUCCUGGCAAAAAGCAUGCAAAGAUUUAUUUAUUGAAUGGUUCUGUAAAUAAUGUUAUUUUUGAGUUUGCAAAUAUCAUGACAUUUAUAGAAAGCAAUCAUGCACUGAAAGCUCGCAGAGUCACCUUGCCAUUUCCCUGGGAAGGAACUGGCCACAUCAUAUAUCAGGGUUUCCUGUUCUAUCACAGAUAUGGCUCCUUAAAUGAGAUAAUUAAAUUCAAUAUCCAGAGAAGAAAUAUAACUGACCAAAUGCUACUGCCAGGGGCUGGAAGGAUUCCUGUCUAUCAGCUUUCUCCGUCUACAAAAAUAGAUCUUGCCAUUGAUGAGCAAGGGCUCUGGGCAAUCCAUGCAGAACCAGAGACUGAAGGGAACCUUGUAAUUACCAAAAUCAAUCACAUAACCAUGGCAGUAGAGCACACAUGGGACACAUCAUGCAAUAGCAAAGGUGCUGAAGCAGCUUUCAUGAUGUGCAACACACUCUAUGUUGUCUACAACUUCCCUAGUGGAGGCACCUCUCGUAUCCAAUGUGUUUAUGACGUUAUGGAGACUGUAAAUACUCAUGAAAUCCCAGUAUUACAUUUUCCAAAACGUCAAGGUAGUCAUUGCACUAUACAUUACAAUCCUAAAGAAAAGCAACUCUUUGCUUGGGGUGACGGAUCCCAGAUCAUUUACAAGCUUCACACAAAGCAAGAAGUCUAGAAUCCUUAGGAACUUUUCAAAUAUACUUAAAAGCUAGCAGUCUCAUAUCGCCAUGGGCCUUACAGCACAUUAAAAUUACCUUAUUCCCACCUGUUACAACUUUCGUCUGUUCUGCAUAACUACAGGCUUACAUACCCCAGUGAUCUUAAACUAACAUCCAGUUAAGAAUAUGUAAAGACUCCAUUAAUAUGAAUAAUACAAAAAAUAAACAACCACAAACAUACAACACCCACAAAUUUUAGUCUUAAAAACUAAGGUUAAUUAAAAAAAUGUGUUCUCUUCCUAUCAAAAUUAUAUAUAGAAUCAUAGAUUCAACCAGGUUGGAAGAGACCUCCAAGAUCAUCCAGGCCAACCUAUU